AUGGCACUGAAACGCAGAACAGAGAGCAGCGCUGCCCCCGUGCCGCAGAAGAAGUCGCGCACCGUCUCCGCAGCGCCUUCCCCGGAUUGGGGAUGGGCUUCAGACGAUUCGGCGGACCUGAAAGUCAACUUCACCGACAACGGCACCCCCAGGGCAGAAAGCGAGGCCCGUCGACAGUGGAACUUCAUCUGUGAAGUCCAAGGUUGCGGCCAGCGAUUCAACCGCCCAUGUCGCCUCGAAUCGCACAUGCGCAGCCACAACAAGGAGCGACCCUUUGCCUGUCGCGAAGCAGGCUGCGACAAGACAUUCCCUCGAAAAGACCACCUCCAACGGCACCUGAAGAACGCCCAUACAGGGUCCGACGACCAGCGAGCCUACACCUGCGACUGGGAGGGAUGCGGGAAGAGCUUCACCUCCAACGGCCGGCUCCAGCGACACAAGGACGUCCACGAAUCCAAGUUCUAUUGCACAGAUUACGCUCCAUGUCACGAGUCCUUCCGGAAAGAGUCGACGUUGGAGGCACACAUCAAGUCCCAACACAUGGACGUGAGACCGUAUCCGUGUCCAUUCAUUGAUUCGGAGACGAACGAGCAGUGCGCAAAGGCAUAUCAGACAGCCCACGCACUGCAGAAACACAUGUCCAAUGCACACGGAGCGGAACAGGAAGAGGCUUUCUACUGCAUGCUGUGCAUUCCGCCCGGCAGCGAUACCGAGACGAUCGAAACACAUCCUGGCAUGGCAACCACCAUCCCCAAAGCCCCACUCUCCUUCACAACAGCCGAGGAACUACACGCCCAUUCUCUUGAAUGCCAUCCCCCCGUUUGUCCAGAAUGCGGCCAGAAGUUCAAGAACGAAGCCAACCUCAAAUCUCACACCGAAACCCUCCACUCCGACACCACGCCCCGCUUUCCCUGCCCCAAACCGCAUUGCGACGCCCUCUUCACACGCAAACACAACCUCGCCGUUCACAUCCAAACCGUACACGAGCAUCAGUUCAAAUACCACUGCGUCCCCACUGCGGUCAGCAACUCAAGACACUCCGAUCUGGCCGGCUGGGAUGGUUCCAACGCCUGCGGGCACUCAUUCAAAGCAAAGUCCUCACUCGACAACCACGUCCGCACACACCACCUAGGCCAAGGCAACCGAAAAGAGCGCCGUCUAGCCGCCAAAAGCAGAAAAAAGGAGGAUCCAUCCAUGCUCACGCUGCUCACGGGCGUCGGCUACGAGCAAGGCCGCGACAUCCUCUGCAUCCAGCCCGACUGCGAGUUCCGCUUCCACCGAGAUGUGGAUCUCCGACGACACCUGCGCGCCGCACACCACAUGUCGACCGACGAAGCCAGCGCGGCCAUCCUCGAGCGCGACGCCGCAGCCGGCGGGCAGUUCUGGAUCGGUGGCCUUGCGCCCGGCGACGACAUGGGCAUGGAGAUGGAUAUGGAUAUGGGCAUGGAUCUGUUCGCGAGCGCGACGCCCAGCAUGCCGCAGACGCCCAUGCCGUACUUCGCCGACGGACACGCCGCGCCUGCAUCCACGGGCGGCAAAAAUGCAGCAGACGGUGCCUUUUUCGACACCCGCUUCGAGCAGCUGUCGCUGUUCAACGAGGAGUCCGAUAUGGACGCCGCCAUGGGCCUGGGCGACUUGCCGCCCGCCACGGACGCCGGCGAGGGACUGCAGUGGGACAUGCUUGCGCCUGUCGAGCAGUACAAUAGCAUGAAGUGA